AUGUCGGUCACCUCGUCCCGCUUCUCGGCGGGCUUCGGGGGCGGCUAUGGCGGGGGCUACACCUGCAGCCUGGGCGGGGGCUUCGGCUCCAGUUUCGGGGCGGGCUUCGGCUCCAGCUUGAGCUCCUCAGAUGCCCUGCUGGGGGGCAGCGAGAAGGAGACCAUGCAAAACCUCAACGACCGCCUGGCCUCCUACCUGGACAAGGUGCGUGCCCUGGAGGAGGCCAACGCCGACCUGGAGGUGAAGAUCCACGACUGGUACAAGAAGCAGGGGCCCGGGCCCGCCCGCGACUACAGCCACUUCUUCAAAACCAUCGAGGAGCUGCGGAACAAGAUCCUGGCGGCCACCAUCGACAACGCCAGCUUGGUGCUGCAGAUCGACAAUGCCCGCCUGGCAGCCGACGACUUCCGCACCAAGUACGAGACGGAGCUGAACCUGCGCAUGAGCGUGGAGGCCGACACCAACGGGUUGCGCCGGGUGCUGGACGAGCUGACCCUGGCCAGAGCUGACCUGGAGAUGCAGAUUGAGAACCUCAAGGAGGAGCUGGCCUACCUGAAGAAGAACCAUGAGGAGGAAAUGAACGCCCUGCGAGGCCAGGUGGGCGGGGACGUCAGCGUGGAGAUGGACGCCGCUCCCGGCGUGGACCUGAGCCGCAUCCUGAAUGAGAUGCGAGACCAGUAUGAGAAGAUGGCGGAGAAGAACCGCAAGGACGCCGAGGACUGGUUCUUCAGCAAGACAGAGGAGCUGAACAGGGAGGUGGCCACCAACACCGAGGCUCUGCAGAGCAGCAGAACGGAGAUCACGGAGCUCCGGCGCUCCGUGCAGAACCUGGAGAUUGAGCUGCAGUCCCAGCUCAGCAUGAAAGCUUCGCUGGAGGGCAGCUUGGCGGAGACCGAGGCCCGCUAUGGGGCCCAGCUGGCCCAGUUACAGGGGCUCAUCAGCAGCAUUGAGCAGCAGCUGUGUGAGCUCCGCUGUGACAUGGAACGCCAGAACCAGGAGUACCAGGUCCUGCUGGACGUGAAGACGCGGCUGGAGCAGGAGAUUGCCACCUACCGCCGCCUGCUGGAGGGCGAGGAUGCCCAGUGA